UGCGCCGUGUCCCCUCCCCGCAGCCGGACCUGCGCGUGCCAAGGCAAGGACCCCAACACCUGCGGCGCUUCCUUCUCCUUCGGCUGCUCCUGGAGCAUGUACUUCAACGGCUGCAAAUACGCCCGCAGCAAAACUCCCCGCAAGUUCAGGCUGGUGGGAGACAAUCCCAAAGAGGAAGAGCUGCUUCGGAGAAGCUUUCAGGACUUGGCCACCGAGGUUGCUCCGCUUUACAAGAGGCUGGCACCGCAAGCCUACCAAAACCAGGUCACCAACGAGGACGUGGCGAUCGACUGCCGGCUGGGCUUGAAGGAGGGGAGGCCGUUCUCGGGGGUGACAGCGUGCAUGGACUUCUGUGCUCACGCUCACAAGGACCAGCAUAACCUCUACAACGGCUGCACCGUGGUCUGCACGCUGACGAAGGAAGACAAUCGUGUGGUGGGGAAAAUUCCCGAGGAUGAGCAGCUGCACGUCCUCCCCCUCUACAAGAUGUCCAGCACGGAUGAGUUCGGCAGCGAGGAGAACCAAAACGCCAAGGUGGGCAGCGGGGCCAUCCAGGUGCUCACAUCCUUCCCCCGCGAGGUCCGCAAGCUGCCCGAGCCCGCCAAGUCCUGCCGGCAGCGGCAGCUGGAGGCCAGGAGAGCUGCUGCCGAGAGGAAGAAGCUGCAGAAAGAGAAGCUGAUGACGCCGGAGAAGAUCAAGCAGGAAGCGCUCGAGCUCCCCACACUCCAGCCAAAUGCAGGUAUGGCGUUGAAAGGCGGGCUACCCCCGCAGCCGCUGAAACCUUCCAUCAAGGUGGAACCCCAGAGCCAUUACAACGCCUUCAAGUACAACGGCAACGCGGUGGUGGAGAGCUACUCGGUGCUGGGCAGCUGCCGGCCCUCCGACCCCUACAGCAUGAACAGUGUUUACUCUUACCAUUCCUACUAUGCACAACCCAAUCUGCCUUCCGUGAACGGGUUUCAUUCCAAGUUUGCGCUCCCCUCCUUCGGGUAUUACGGCUUUUCCAGCAACCACGUGUUCCCCUCGCAGUUUCUCAAUUACGGGGCGGCCGAGAGGAGCGGGAGCGGCUGGGUGAGCAACGGCUACGAGAAGAAGCCCGACGUGUCGGCGCUGCAGGAGAACCUCAACCACACCUACGGGAGCGGCAGUUUCCCUGAGCCCAUCCCGCACGGCGUGCGGAGCAAAAACCAUCACCAGCGCACCUACGAGCGAGCCAGCCGCUACGCCAGCCAGCAGAAAGCGGCGGCGGCGACGGCCGGGGCGCACAGGACUAGCUCGGGCUCGGAGGAGGCGCCGUCGUUUGCACAGAACUGUUUCGGCAGCCGGCCCAUCAAGCAGGAGCCUCCAGACCCCCCGCCCGCCAUCGAGCCCCUUCCCAGCGCCGCGCCCGGCGCCGGCUUAACGCUGCCGGCCGUCCCCGCGCACGGCGCGGCGCCGGAGCAGCGCUGGAGCCCCUUCAAGGCUUCCCCCGAGAGGACUAGCACGGCCGAGGGCUCGUGGAGCGGGCUGGCGGCGGGCUCGGGCGGGCGGGAGAAGCUGAGCGCCUUCGACGCCGCCGUGCGCUUGCCGCCGCCGGAGAAGCAGUGGUCCAACGUCCUGGCGGGAGAGGCGGCGGCGGCAGCGGCGCACGGCUCGGGCUUGCUGCCGAAAGCGUGGAGCCCCUGCAAGCUGGGAGAGACGGCGCUGGCUGGCACGGGCACCCCCAGCCUGCUGGGGUCACUGGGGUUCAGCUCGGCUCUGCCGGGGCUCCCCGGCUUCCCCGAGGAGCCCUGGGGCUCCGUGAAGGUGGAGGAGAGGAGGACGCCGGCACCCAGCCCGGGGCUGCCGGAGAAGCCGUGGGAGGCAGCGGCGGGCGAGAAGGGGGUGGCGGGACCCCGCCGGGAGAAGCCGUGGGACCCUUUUGGCCUGGAGGAGGAUCUGCCUCCAGAGAAGGCGGUGAAGGAGGAAGAGGAAGAGGAGGAGGAAGAGGAGGAGGAAGAGGAAGAGGAGUGGUCGGACAGCGAGCACAACUUCCUGGAUGAGAACAUCGGCGGCGUGGCCGUGGCGCCGGCCCACGGCUCCAUCCUCAUCGAGUGCGCCCGCCGCGAGCUGCACGCCACCACCCCGCUGAAGAAACCCAACCGCUGCCACCCCACCCGCAUCUCCCUUGUCUUCUACCAACACAAGAACUUGAACCAGCCCAACCACGGCCUGGCGCUGUGGGAGGCCAAGAUGAAGCAGCUGGCGGAGCGGGCUCGGGCCCGGCAGGAGGAGGCGGCGCGCCUGGGGCUGCCGCCGGACGCCAAAGCCUUCGCCAAGAAGCGCAAGUGGGGCGGCGCCUUGGCCACCGAGGCGCCCAGCAAGGAGAGGAGGGACUCGGUCCCCACGCGGCAGGCGGUGGCCAUCCCCACCAACUCCGCCAUCACUGUGUCCUCCUACGCCUACACCAAGGUGACGGGCCCCUACAGCCGCUGGAUCUGAGACGGAGGCGACCACCGCGGCCCCAUCUUACCUCAACCCUCGGCGGCGCCGGAGCCCGGCGUCGCUUCGUGGUGCUUUCUUCCUCGGGCGUGGGGGAGAGGAAAACAAAAAGUAAAUAGACGAAAGCGAAGCGAAAACACAACGACCGCAAAAAUAAAAGUAAAAAAAAAAUCGAAAUGAAAAAAAUCCAACCCAUAGGAAACGGACCCAACAGGAGCGGCGGAGCUGGCGCGGGCUCAGGCCGUCGGAGAGCCGCGCCCAGCGAGGAGUCGGCAAACCAAGCGAAAACUUGGUUGAAAAACCCAAGAGGAAAGAUGCUGUUUGAUGAUUUUAGGUAAUCUCAUAUUUAUAUCUCCAUGAUUUUUUAAUCUAGCCUCGGAUGAAUUUCCUAGCGUCCUUUCGCAAAGGAGAGGUUUUUAAUUCCACUUGAAGCGGCCUGUUUGUUGGGUUUUUAUUUUAUUUCAUUUUUUACUCCGAUGACAACGACGAAGCCGAUCUUCAAAAGAGAAGCCAACAUCGAAAAACCACCCUAAUCAUGAAUCCAAACCAACCUGAACACCAAACCAGCUGAAAGGCAAGAGGUGACCCCCUCCAGCUCCGCCGCGGGGGCUGCGGGGACCGCGUGCUUUACCGUAAGCCGGACACGCUGAGCAUCCGAUUAUUUUUAUUCCAAGGACCUAAAAAAACCACCAAUUUUGCAGCUGGAGGAAUCCUUUC